AUUAUUAUUAUCUUCUCAAAAAGCGCGGCUCACACUUUUCAAGCAAAGACUAGGGUUUUGAGCACAAUUCUCUCCAAACUUGCUUCAUAAUCGACUGCACGCACGGCUCGAGACCCAGAGAGAUACAGGUAAACAAGAUUUUGAAGGCAAGCUACUUUUUUGGUGAGGUGUUUGUAAAAAUCUAGAAAUGCAAGCCACCAGUGGAGCCGCAGUGAUGGGUUCUUUGCAACAGCCUGUUUUGUCAAAAGGGCCAGCCUUUCCAAUGAAAAGGAGUGUUAUCAUUGGGUUUCCAUAUCACGUUAAGCUUAAUUCAGUGAAGCCAUGCAGGGCUUCUUCCCUUGAAGGAAUCUUGGUCACUGGCAGACCCCCCUCUUCUGUUUCUGUGCCUAUCCCUGAAACUGGAGCUGACACAAGUAGCUUCAAAGAUUAUGGACUCAGUGAAGCUGAUCCUGAAGUGCUUGAAAUUAUAAAUAAGGAAAAGGAUAGGCAAUUCAAAAGCCUUGAACUUAUUGCAUCAGAGAAUUUCACAUCUCGAGCAGUGAUGGAAGCAGUUGGUUCGUGCUUAACAAAUAAGUAUUCUGAAGGACUUCCUGGUAAAAGAUACUAUGGCGGAAAUGAGCACAUUGAUGAGCUUGAAACCCUUUGUCAAAAAAGGGCUCUGGCAUCAUUUAACUUGGAUGGAAAGAAGUGGGGUGUUAAUGUUCAACCAUUGUCUGGAUCCCCUGCUAAUUUUGAGGUUUAUACUGCACUUCUUAAACCUCAUGACCGAAUCAUGGGUUUGGACUUGCCUCAUGGGGGACACUUGUCUCAUGGGUUCAUGACUCCUAAAAGGCGGGUAUCUGGGACAUCAAUUUACUUUGAGUCUAUGCCAUAUCGACUUGAUGAAUCUACAGGCCUGGUUGAUUAUGAUAUGCUUGAGAAAACAGCUAUCCUCUUUCGACCAAAACUCAUUAUUGCUGGUGCUAGUGCUUAUCCUCGAGAUUUUGAUUAUCCUCGCAUGAGGAAGAUUGCAGAUGCUGUCGGUGCUUUUCUCAUGAUGGAUAUGGCUCAUAUAAGUGGUCUUGUUGCUGCUUCUGUUGUUGCCGACCCCUUUGAGUACUGUGAUGUUGUGACAACUACAACACACAAGUCGCUACGAGGUCCAAGAGGUGGAAUGAUCUUUUUCAAAAAAGAUCCUGUUCUAGGAGUUGACAUGGAAUCUGCCAUCAACAAUGCUGUUUUUCCAGGCUUACAAGGCGGUCCUCAUAAUCACACAAUUGGUGGACUGGCAGUUUGCUUGAAGCAUGCACAAUCCCCUGAAUUUAAAGCUUACCAGAAGCAGGUCAUCUGUAACUCUAGAGCAAUUGCAAACCGGAUGGUUGAAUUAGGAUAUAAACUGGUUUCUGGUGGGAGCGACAAUCAUCUCAUUCUUGUAGAUCUGAGGCCACUGGGGCUUGAUGGGGCUCGGGUGGAGAAAAUCCUUGACAUGGCUUCUAUCACCCUCAACAAGAAUUCUGUGCCUGGUGAUAAGAGCGCCCUGGUUCCUGGUGGCAUUCGCAUUGGAUCCCCUGCGAUGACUACCAGAGGAUUUACAGAGAGAGAAUUUGUGGCUACUGCUGACCUGAUUCAUGAAGGAGUACAAAUAAGUCUCGAAGCUAAAAAAUCAGUAUCCGGAUCCAAGCUCCAGGAUUUCUUAAAGUUUGUUAAAUCCCCUGAUUUCCCUCUAACUGAUAAAGUAUCAGAUCUUCAAAGAAGAGUUGAAGCACUUACAACUCAGUUCCCAAUUCCAGGAUUAUGAGCUGUAUGACUGCGCUAAGUUGAUACUUGAAGUGCAUGUUGUAUGGCUAGACGAGACCUAUGAUUUUGUUAGUUGUUACUAAGAAGAGAGUGAGUGAAAAGCCUUGCAUCGCUCCAUGUAUCAACUUACAAGAACAGUUAUUUGAAUGGAUGAUACUAAAAUAAGAAAUUUUGGAAUCAAUAUCAUUAUUGCUUUUGG